UUGUCAAAUUCUUGCAUCGACUGGCGAAAAACAGAAAACGCAACUACAUUCUCCCGCACUCACCUGGUGGAAAAAGUUCGAUUUUCCCGUGAUCGGAAGCAGAUUUUUAUCCGUUUCCAACGUAAGCGUAUCCGGACAUCUGUUGGGUGCGAUGGAUUCUUCGGCAAUGUCACUCAAGUCCUCGGAGGACAUCCCCUUGGCGGAUGACGAUCUGGAAGUGAUCAUCAACGAUGACGACAGUUCCAAGUACAUGCAGAACGGUCGCUCGCUGGACUCGAUUGCCAGCUCGUACACGAACGGGAACUCCAGCCCGCGGCACUUCCUUGAAAGCGAGGGUCCCGAUGCCGACGAGCAGGAGGAACGGGCCCGGCUGAUAACCCAGGUGCUGGAGCUGCAGAACACCCUGGACGAUCUGUCCCAGCGGGUGGACAGCGUCAAGGAGGAGAAUCUGAAGCUGCGGUCCGAGAACCAGGUCCUCGGCCAGUACAUCGAGAAUCUGAUGUCCGCUUCGUCGGUGUUCCAGUCGACCAAUCAGGCCCAGGCCUCGUCGGCCCCGAAGAAGAAGUAAGGCCCCACUGCACGGGCCUGGAGGACUUGGAAGACCAAAGAAAGCGGAUCGGAUUCCUUUUCUUGUACGUACCUACCUACACUUACCUAUCACUAAAACAAAUAUGUAUGCAGAUUUUUCUUCACUCACGCUGGUGCUAAGGAUACGAACAAACAACACAGUUUAUUAGGGUUCAUUGUUGUAGACACGCGCUUUCCUCCUAGAGUCCGAGAGCUAACUGCAGUAGUUUAUUUGAAAUCAGGCAAAGGUUGCUUAGUUGUUUUAACUUUGCUUGGCACACUACUAAAUACCGCGCACUGAGAGAAAAAAGUAGCCAGAAAAACCGUUUUGUGCGAUCUAUUUUUUGAAAGAGUUGUAAUUUUGUACACGGGUUGAGCUCAUAGUAGGCUACGCGCACUGUUAUCGCAGUAGAUACAUUCAUAUAGGGGGACUCGCGUUGAUGGUAGGACAUGUGCGGUGGAUAGGUUCUCAUGACACUCCUUUUUUACUGUCCUUUUCUAUUAUUUUUUACAUUCAUUCAGAUUCGCGAGAAAAAGUACUGCUAUUUUUAAGUUUUGCAUCCAUAUAUCGAAAUCGCCAUCGUUAAUAGUUCUGGUCGUUUAGGAAGUAUUUCGUUUAAGGUCAAGAACGUUGUGUUCAAAAGAAAGAAAUUCCUCGAAUAGUUUUAUGCAUAUUUGGAUUUAUUUAUAUACUAAUUUAAGUUUAAACUCUCUUCUUUUACAAACACCUACACUAAGUUAAGUAAGAGGUUUGAAUUGUAAGAUUUCCUGCUGAAAAGUGCAUUUUAUUUUAUUUCCUCUCUAAUAUUUUAUAAGAGUUGUUUGUAAGUUUUGUGUUAUUUAAGCAAUGUGAUCAAAAAUUCCCGCUCUUAUUGAACGUAAUCAAAUGCUUCAAAAUAAACUCUUCGCUUUGUACACAGAA